CCGAAAUUUCUGCCAAUGUUUGCUCGCAUUACACGACGCCGACUUGUUUCCUGGAAAUUAUUUGGGCAAAAUACCCAAUCUUGGGGCAAACCGAAGGGUGGUGCAAAAGAAAGGUCUUGGCGUGUUCCUUUCUUCAAGAGAAGAAAAAAGGAAUCUCGGUACGUGCAGUCCUGCUCCUUGUUCUUCCUCUCCCAGCCUGAGACUAGAACUAGCAUGUAUAUCACCCCUGAUCAACCGCUCACUAGCUUGAUGACAGUGUUUGGUAAUACUGAGGCCGGUUUGCUUUUCUGCGACUUUUGGUUGCAUUUCUAGCCAAAAUCUUUACAUCAGGGUAUCCAUCAGCCCUCCUUGAGCCAACCUAGAACUCUUGUCAUACCCACAACAUUCGGUCAUGCACACCACUCAGCCCUGGGGCAAAACAUGGCACAGGCCGGAUCUGACAAUUGGACGAAUGAGAGUUCCAAGAGCGUACAUGGCCCCUGCAUCAACGUGAUAUACCAGCUGUCUGGUAGCCUUCCGCACUUCCUCCCCAUGGAUUGCGUGUGGUUCUUGCCCUAGUGGCUUAGCCUGGAAAACAGCUAUGUGGGAUUUGCUUAAACAUCUCACGCUCUGUUCCGAGGUUACUUUAACCAAGUUCAGCUCUCAUCUCCGACUCGUCUACGUCUUGGGAUCAUCUGGAUGGUAUAUCGGUAACAGACCGGUCUGAGGGCCAUGGCGUAAUGAAUGGAAGGGCCUUGCAUGCAUCUCACGGGUCAGGCACCCAUCACUUCCGUCACCGCUCACGGAGGUCCCCGUCGUCUGCCGGCAGCCUUGGCUAUCAAUCCUACUGGGAGCGGCUGUGCCUUGCGAUGGGCUCUGAAGAGGAGGGUCAAAAGAGCAAAGUCUCCGCUGAAGCUAUUUAGUGCUACCUCCCUUUGGUUCUCGCCCCCAGACAUUUCAUACAGUAGUGGCCUCUGCCGUAGUUGUGCCGACUUACUUAUCUACAAAAAGAAGUAUAAACCAUGGUUGGGGUUGCUGGCAAGUAUAAAGGCUGCAACACUUGUCGAGGCAGGAGGGUAAAGUGUGACAACACACGCCCAUAUUGCAGGAAAUGCACAGACAGCGGGCGAGAUUGCGGAGGGUACGAGCGCGAGAGGGUUUUCAUCAUAGGCACACCCCGAGAACAUGGACGAUGCUCGUCGCACCCCCGUCGAGCCGUCAGCGGCAGAUCAUCGCGCAAGACCCCCGCAUUCUCGGGACCCGACCGACCAGAGUAUGAGGAGCCGGCAGUGUUGAAGCAUGAAGGUGCCCCCGAGACGCCGGUGGCGAGUAAGACAGAUGGGUUUGACAUGGUGCCUAUCGAGCCGCUUCGCCAUGCAUGGGACGAUCUUGUCUCGGUGUCCUGCUCCGGUGUAGCAUUGAGCCUACAGAUCGCAUCUCUUAACACGGAUUUGUCCACGGUUGACCAGAGCGGACAAUCUUCGAACGAUGCCAGACUCAAGACCAUCUCGAUACCCCCAUAUAAGCGCCCAAAUGCACGUCGGUCCAUGUAUAAUAUUGAAUUUGAGCUGCGGUCACGUUGCUUGACGCACAUCUCAGACGUGGAGGAAGUUCGCGACGAGAUUCUAGGAAAAGUAACAGGCACGGACAGCAUAUGUCUAUUUCUCUUUGAGCGCAACUGGUCCGCUCUAUCUUCAUCUCUGCCGUCAUGGAUUCAGAAUCCUGCACCUUCGAGCUCUGUCAAACAGCUUGGCCCCGAACACUUCAAGAUCUUUCCAUCACACCACUUCUUCGCUCGGGUGUAUCGACCAAAUGCUUUAUUCGCGGCUGUCAUCAACCGCAAGAACACAUUUCUUGCAAGGCCCGAAUGGACGAGUGUGCCGUGGGAACUCCACCCAAAAGCAGCAAUCGAUCGACUGCUCGAUGUAAUCGCCUUUGUUCCCGCCUUGUUGUCCCGCGCCGAACAUAUACUUCCCCACGCCCCAACCCUGGAAAGGAGAAUGUUGGCCAACGACCUGGUGGGGAACUGUCUAAACGUGCAAGGCCUACUGGAUGGAUGGCUUCUGUCGCUUGAUCACGACUUGGCCGGCGAUGGCACGCAGGUGCCACAUCAGUUAUACUGGGUCAAUCCCAUCGACGAUUCGACGAGUAUACCCUUUGCGGACAGCACGUACGGAUUCAGAGAUCUGCAGACGGCAACAUCCCUUAUCUACUACUGGACGGCCUUGUUGAUUCUGCUGCCAUACAUUGAGCGCCUGAACCAAGCCAUCUGCGAGCCAAUCCCCGGGUCCUUUCCGCAGCUCUUCUCGACCGAGUUCUACAACAUGACGCAGCCAGAGGGCAUGUCGAUGGGUCUCAUGGCGACGCCGCUUCCAGGCGGGUCAGGCUCCAUGGCGGACAGCGGCAGCAGUGGUGGCGUCGGCAGUGGCGGCAAGAGCACGCAAGAGCUCGCGGUCAGCAUCUGCAGAAGUUUAGAUUUUGCGCUGGAACGCAGUGUCCAGCCCGACCUGCUUGCCGUGCCCCUGACCGUGGUCGAAGAGCACUAUCGAGAGAUCAACAUGGCGACUGGAGAAGCCGCCAUGGAGUUGAUGUGGUGUCAGUCGUUUAGCGAGCAGUUGACAGCCAAAGGUCAGGGCAUUGCUGAUGUGGUGCAGCGGCGCAGCUGGAGAGAGCUGCGUCGUUUUGGGCCUUGAAUUGUAGCUUCCCUUUUCUUGAAAGCUUUUGUCCUGGGGGCUGUCUUUUUGUGAUCUGUCCAUUUGUAUUAGAAUCAAACACAAAGGCGAUGACGGUCAGUUUGGACUUGUUGUUGGAUGAGUUUCCAUAGAGAUUAAACACACGCUGUGGGCUUAAAGGAUACAUUGACGGAUAUAGAUUUUUUUAGUUAUCAUUGCAAUGCAGAUGCCGGACAUUCUGGUCUUUUCUUUCGCC